CGGAUGCGCAUGCGCCGUCGGCCUCUCGCGCGCCGCCUGCUACGUGCUGGUCGUUACCGGACGGGUUCCCGGGGAGCCGUCGCAGCCCUCGCGCACGGGCGCUGCGGCCGUUGGCGACCGUUGACAACCCACCCGGCAGCUCGCGGGGAGUAUGCCCGGCCGCGCCGCGCACCAGGAGGCGGCGGCGGCGGGAGGAGCAGCAGAGCCCGCGGCAGCCGGGGGGAGCGCGGGGGCCGCCGCGCAGCAGCAGGAGGAGCAGCAGCAGCAGCAGCGGGAGCAGCAGCGGGGCCUGGCGGGCGCCUUCCCGCUGGUGCUGAAGAAGCUGAUGGAGAACCCGCCGCGGGAGGCGCGCCUGGAUAAAGAGAAGGAGAAGAUAAAGCUUGAGGAAGAUGAGGCAGCAGCUGCUAGCACUAUGGCAGUCUCAGCUUCCCUUAUGCCACCCAUUUGGGACAAAACUAUUCCUUAUGAUGGCGAGUCUUUCCACCUGGAGUACAUGGAUCUGGAUGAGUUCCUGCUGGAAAAUGGAAUUCCUUCCAGCCCUACUCACCUGGAUUUGAACCAGAAUCCACUCUUGCCUGUGGCUGAGCUGGAAGGAAAGGAGUCUGCCAGUGCUUCCACUGGUUCUCCUGCAUCAUCCUCUUCCACUGCAGUUUACCAGCAAUCUGAAGCAGCCUCCAGCACAGAGUCCCCACCACAAAAUGAGAGAAAUACUCCCAGCCCCAUUGAUCCUGACUGCGUAGAAGUUGAGGUGAAUUUUAACCCUGACCCUGCUGAUUUAGUGCUGUCCAGUGUGCCUGGUGGUGAGCUCUUCAAUCCUCGCAAGCACAAGUUUACUGAAGAGGACCUGAAGCCACAACCAAUGAUUAAAAAAGCCAAGAAGGUUUUUGUCCCAGAUGAGCAGAAGGAUGAAAAAUAUUGGACAAGGCGAAAGAAGAACAAUGUGGCAGCAAAGCGUUCCCGUGAUGCUCGGCGAUUAAAGGAGAAUCAGAUCACAAUUCGGGCAGCCUUUCUUGAGAAAGAGAACACAGCCCUGAGGACGGAGGUUGCAGAGCUGCGCAAGGAAGUGGGACGAUGCAAGAACAUUGUUUCUAAAUACGAGACCAGAUACGGACCCUUUGACUUAUCUGAUUCCGAGUGAUGCAACUUUAAAGACUUUUAAAAACAAAGAAACUAAAAAGCACACAUGAAUCGCCAGUCUUCAGAGUGAGCAGUGAAAUCUGUGAGGUGUCCCAACACAAACAACUGACGAUGACCCUGCCUGCCUGCUUGCCUGCAAGUACCCCAUCUGAACUACCCAGGGCUGGGCAUGAUGAAAAGUGCAAAGUCUCCUUAAUUCUGUAUAUGGCUUUCUUAUCUGUCUUUCUCACUGUAACUAUGAACUACAAUAAGCUUACAUAUUGGGGUUUUGUCAAGACACUCAAAGUUCAUGUCUCAAAGUCUGUUAACAGCCUCUGUGAAUAGUGACUCUUUGUUUUGGCACUCAAGUGGAAAAAAUAGGGAGCUUUAAAUGAAAGUGUCUGUAUAUAUUAAGAAUGGCUAUAUUUUAAGAUUCUUUUCCCCUGCAGUAGAAGUUUUAUUCAAUACUGCAGCUCACUUGGGGUACAGUGUAGCAUCUUGUGGAGUACUGUGAGAACAGAAUUCAAGACACCAGGAAAACAGCAGUCUGGUGUAUGAGAUUUUCAGUGCAGAAAAGUACAGCAGACAUUGAAACAAUCCAGAAAGCACCACGGUGUGCCAUACAAAGAGUAGUAACAAACCUCUGUCAAGCACCCAUGUAAUAGUGAAACGCUUCGGUUGCUUUCCUGCUUCACAGCUACACUGCUGUAACCUGCCUUUGUUUCUUCUAUAAGGCUCACUUUCCUUUAUGGUAUCUUGCUUGAAACAAGAUCUCUUCUUCUGUUGAUGACUUAGCAAUCAUGGAAAAGGUGCUAGUCUGAGCUGCUGAUCCCUGUGUCUUUUGGCAGUCCAAAACUACCAAAUGAGUAUUAGCUCCAGCAAAACAAUGGCAAUUAUCUGCUAUGUAACAAUUUUCUGUCUCUUGACUACCUGAGAACUGCGGUGGUGAAAGAGUGCUUUGUUCAUAUGUUUUAUAAAACAGAAACAGCAAAUGAUUUCCCACAGUUAAAAUGGACAGCUUAAGUAUCAAGACCCUCAUGCUGGUGUGGGAGAGUAGAUGAAAGCUUGGACAGAUUGCCAGGGUGUUUAUUGUGUGUGGAAGGUGGAGUAAGUAGGUGGAAGCACCUUUGCAAGAGUUUCAUCAGCAUAACAGGAAUCUAGUCCUAUAUUGAGGCAGCUUAAGAGCUAAAUUUUUGUGGGAAGAAAAAAGAAUAUUUAAUUUCUGGGAAGGUAGUACAGAGCCAUGCUCGUAGCCAAAACGGAGCUUGUAAGAUAGUUGUGUAUUCGUGCCUGGAGAUGGAUAAACAGCAUAGACCUCAAGAAGAAUAGUCUUGAAAGCUUUCAGAAGCACAAAUGCUGAAGUUAUGAGGUGCAGCUAGUUACCAGCAAGGCUUGACACUAUCACGUUGAACAUGUAUUUUGGCUUUGCAUUUACCCAAGAGAUUCCACCCCUAAUUUUCAAAGCAGAAAAGCAAAGAAGUAGCUGAUGUUGUAAACUUCAUUUUAAAAAAUAAUUAAAAUCUCAAAACCCAGAAUUCAUAACCAGUUUUUUAAAGGCAUGACCUUUGUAAUUGACCUAUUAUUUUUAAUAGACCAUGGUCUGAAGUUAAAGUGCUUUUAACUUUCUUGCUGUAUACUUAUAAGUGUAUUAUAAUUUGGGAUUCUGAAGCUCUGAGAUGAUCUUGGGGUAGUCUUUUCAAAUAGAUGGAUAGUUUAGCUCCAUGUUGCAGAAAUGUCAGCAUAUAUCUUACCGAGUACUGCUGAUUUGGACUGAUAUCCUUGGUCUGUACUGGGGUUUUUUCUUUUUUUUUUUUUUAUUAUUUUGGUGAUAAAGACCAAACCAUGGAUAAAAAAAAAAAACGAACAACCCUGACAGCAUGUAGAUGUAGCAACUCUUUUUGCAUUUAUAAUUUCUAAAUUUUCAGUUAGCUUUGAAUGGCUAUUCUUGAAAGUCAUGCUUCAUGUUUAAAUCACAAAGCUAGAGGGUAUUGUAACUGGGCAAGGAGUUGCUAGUCCUUCAUUUGGGUCUUGCUGUCCUACUGCUUUAGGAAUAUCUUUUAAAUACAUACUUACACACUGCAUACAGGCUUUGGUUUUGCAGUAUGCCAUGCUGUUUUUAACAGCAAAAUAUUCAGUCAGUGAGAACAGUAUAUGCAAUUCUGUUAGCUUUUUCUGUUUUAUUAAAAGCUUACACAAUGGAAACUAACGGUGAAUGUUAGUUAGAAUGAUCUUUCUUUCAGAGAAGACUGUUAGCAAACUCUUGUGCUUCCCUGUAGGACAGUGCAAAUUUGCACAUUCUGUGAUUCAUGUGUCUACGGGUUGCAAAACUGGAAAAUCGCACUUUAAUGUGAGUGUGGCUUAACUUUUGUAGUUGGAGAAUAUUUUUUUUGUUAAGAGGCAACAUCUUCAAAGAUAGAUGAGAAGGUAGUAGCUAUUUAAAGGAGUGUGGGUAUUGCCAGACAAAAGAUUAUGUGCAAUGCUGAAUUCCUUUCUCAGUUUUUGCAGUCUCAGGAAGUUAAGCUUGCUGCUUCAGAGCUCUCUGCUCCUCUCAGAACAAUUAACUAUAUAAUCUUGUUUCUUUGACGAGGAUGACAAUCCUAUCCAUAAGUGAUAACUUGGGUGUGUAUUCAUAGUGGUCGUAAGACCAAUAUUCUUUUAGCUCAGUUUGAACUUUAAAAGAUGCUGAAUUGACACUGUUAGGGUCUGAAGUUCUCUAACUUUGGAACACGCUCUGUAGAGGCCAUAAGUGUGCCUGAUGCCAAUGUACCCCAUUCCAGCCAUAAAGGGACCAUCUCCAAGGGGAGAGAAUAAAGGGAGUGCACCUUUCAGCAUCACUAUAGGGAUUGCCAGUAAAGGGAGCAGUUUUUGACACAGCUGUACAUUCAUUAGGAAGUAGACUGACACCAAAGGGCCAUUUCACAGUACUAACUUUGAAAAUAGGUAAACUGUUGAUGAGAUUUGUGGGUGAUGAGAGUUGUCUUAUUCUACAGAAGAAACAGGCUAUGAAUAAAUAAAGUGCAACAUCUAACACAGUAUUGCUUUCACACCUGGUUUUCUAAGUACACAUAGUUACAUCUCCUUAUAAUAAUGCAUUUUUGUAUUUAAAAAUUCCUGAGAAGCUUAAACUUUCACCUGUUGCCAAGAUCUGCUCCCACUGAAGCCAGUAACAAAGACCUCAUUAACUCCCACAGGAAAAAGUCUUUACUCUCACAUGGGUAUUGUAAAGUUUUAGCAAGAAUUGGAGUCAGGGGUGUCUUUGCUUUACUCUGGAGCAUUCUGUGCUGCGAUCAGGUCGAUGUACCUCAGAUUGCAGGUGUAAUGUUGAUAACCUGGUCCUAUCACUUGUUCAUUUACAUAGUUAGUGAUAGUUUUGAUAUUCAGAUUAUAUGAAUUCUGCUUUUUUUUCUUGCCCUGCAUGGACAGGGUGGAAUUAGUAGUAUACUGUGCUGGAAGAAGAAAUGUUUAAAAAAAAAUUUUAAUGUGUUUUUUUGCAGUUUUUCCAGUAACAUUUUAUUUCUUUUCUGACAAUUCUCCAUUUCCCUGCUGUGCUGUUUGAAAGCCCAGGUGUUCUAGCUGUAGAAAGCACUUUCAGCAUUAUCUGCAGGACUGCUACUAGUUGUACCAAAUUAAUUUCAAGUUGGGAGGUGCAGUGGAAAGCCAGCAGAUUUGGGAAUACUGUAAUAAAACCACAGUAGACAGCAGAAAUAAUGGACUUGCACAGAAGAGAAUAUUGCUGCUUCAGCCUUGUAAGCCUCCUCAGAUUAACAGGGCUUUGUUCCUUGCAAUCAGGUACCUCCACUCUCACUAAAAAGGAAGGCAUCUCGGACCUUUGUAAAAUCCAGAUAGGCUUUUGUUCACCCUUAUGGUUUUAGCUGCUAAGCACAAGAUGAGAAAUGCAAAUUUGUCUUAAUGCAUAAAUCUCUUGUUUUUGGCAACCUCCAUCUAAAUCCAUAAACAGCAAAAUCUAGUUUUGCUAGUGUUUUGCCUUUGCAGUAUUACAAGACACUGGCUGGCUUUCUAGUUUUUCAGAUAAUUACUCUGAUCUUAUGUCUGCCACUGUAAUAUGGUGAAGAUAGAUAAACUCACAAUGAAAAACUCAGAAAAACACAGAAAGAUUAAGCGUAACCAAAAUUCUGUGGAGAUGCUAACGUAAUGCUAAUUGAGAAAUUGCAAUGAUUUAAUACAUGGUAAGGCAAAUUUGUCCUCUAGAACGUAAUUUGUUAGGUUGAUAGUGUGCUAUCGCCUAGGCAGUCGCUUUUGGAAUGCAAACUUCUUAAAGUUCAAGCAGCUACAGAAGAAGGGGAAUCCUUUGAGGAAGAUACAUUUAUAGACGAACAUACAUAUACUUGGCAAGGAAAGUAAAGAAUGAAAGCAGGAAGAGUAAUGUAAAAGUACGACCCGAGCCAGACUGCUAAAACUGAUGCCUCACUGUUUACAAUUUUAGGACAAUUUGGAUCACCUCAGUUUAGCAUCAUACAGGAGAUAGUACUUGUUUAGGUUUUGGGAAUCUCCUUUUCUUGAUCUCAUUUCCACAGUCCAGAAGAAAGUGAAAGGAAUAUACAAUAGGAAGGAGAGUUACUGCAGGAAGGCAUGAAAAAAUAGCUGUUGCUUUAAAUAAGUGCACUGUUGCCCUGGGACUUGACCUGCCAGCGUGAACUGAUAGUGCUGUGUCGUGAGGAAAUGACUGUCUGAGGCCCCAGUAUUUUAAGGCCUCAAUUCUGCUGUUUCAGCAUGGGAUGAGCCCUGUAUCUGUAGACAACCGUGUGGACUUCACAGCAUCUGUUCUUGAAUGUGAAGCUCUACCCAGGCAGUCAGAUGCAGAAUUGUGUCCUUAACACGUGAUCAGUUGUAGUUACAAGGCUGUUGAUAUUAAGUGUAAUUUGGGUGCCUGUUACAUAGCCAAAACCCUUGUUACUUCAUUUUCUCAACUAAGGCAUGAGCAGAAGCCCUUUGCUGUACAACAUCUGUAAAAAUAAAACAAAUGUACUUCACAUAUGUCUAGUAAAUUAAGGCAUGUGAUUUUGGUCUGUGGGUCUCAACAAACUUUGCUCGUGUACCUGCCUGAAUGUUUUCUUAGAUCUGCAGCUAUGCCUCAGUGGGAAGGUAUGGUGGGAUUUGUUUUCCUGAAGGGGCACAAUAGCAGCUCUCAUCUGUUGUGCUGCGGGUGACUGCUUGCUACUGGCCAGGAUCAUGGACGGAUGCAUCCUCUGCACUUUUAUGUGAAGUUGUCUGAAAUAUGGUGAUUAACAUGAUUAUUGGAAUACUGUAUUUUGUAUAACUUAGAACAUGUAAAUACACUUUUAAAACUAAUCUGUUCUAUGAAGUAAUAAGUAAGUGCUUCCAUUGUAAUAUCUGAAUAUUGUUAAUGCUUCAUGUAGCUUGAUUUGGGAUUAUUUUUUCCUAGAGAACUACAGAAAUCAAAACAAAGAUUGGUGUUGUGGAAUUCUAGUCUAGUUGUGAUGCUUCUAUCAACAAAAAAUGUUUUAAAAAAAUAAUAAUGAGCUAUUUAAGCAGAGAAACUGAGAAUUUGAGGGAAUUGAUUCUCUUCCAGUCUUUCUUUAACAGUAGUCACUGAUAACAUCCAUAAUUGUACUCUUCCCAUCCCAUUAGCUGGACAGUUGAUUUGUUAUUUUUUGAGUAGCAUUUGGAAAGUGGUAAUAUUAAAUGAUUGGUAAAGCUUAGUGAUUGAGGAAAAUUCAAGGUUUGGGUUUUUUUAACUAUUCUCUCUUUUGGCUCAAACAGAUCUGUCUCCACCCUUCAGCCAGACUGCAGCAAGUUGCAAUGAAACAGUGAGUGACUGUUACUAAAGCUCAUUUAUAACCUAGAUAGUUUGCAUCUUUAUUAGUUCUGUUAUGUAUGUAGAUGACAGAGGUAUCCUGUUGUGGUGUGGAGAGAGAGAAAGUGAUUAUUCACUUGAGGUUUUGCUGAGUUCACUGGAUGCUGCACAGCUGGAACUUUCAUCAGCUUUCAUGAAAACAAAACAGUGGAGUGAGAAUCAUGAGCAGCCUGCUAGGAAAUACAAACACUUGGGUUUUGAGGAGGAGGUGGGAUUGAUCCAUCAGCCUUCAUCUAAAGAGAUUAGCCUGUGAUGACACUUUCUCCAGCCAUAACAUAACUUCUCUGUCUUUAACGCUGUACUGGAGCAGUCUCCUCUCUGGUAACAGCUGCUUCUGCAAUGUUCCAUAAAUGACAAAGCCACAAAUCUUUUGUAGUGGGCAGAGAUGGUGGAGUCUUUUUCUUUUUUUUCCUCCCCUCUCAGUGUCUCUAGGCUGUAAAAUAGCUAUUGAACAGCUAAGCAUAUGUACAAGUUACUCAGAAAACUCUGUGUCUCUGAAAAAGCGUUACAGGAACACAGUUUUUAACUAAAUAGUUGGAGGGAACUCCUGUCUGCUAUAUUUGGCCUGAAAUUGUUGCCUCUUGGAUAAAAGUAUUUUUAUGGCUUCAGAUGUGACACUGAUCUGUCCCUUUCAUUCAGUGGGAUGGAUGAUAAAUCUGCAUAGUAUUUAUAUAAGAGAUACAUCUGAUCUUAGUUUUACUGCAUAUUAAGCUGUUUAAUCUCUUGGAUGUCUCUUCCUUGAGGUUGUCUAUUUAAUUCCUGUAAAUGUAGCUGCUUUUUGAAGCAGUCCCUCAAGUGCAUUCAAGAUCAUCCUGACUGAAAGAUUCUGUAGAAAUGAAAGAUAUAAUAAAGGUUGUAAAGCGGCUGGGUAAAACUGUAUUGCCAUAAAUGGUUUUAAUUUACAUAUGAAUCUUUUGUCCCAAACUGCUUAUUUUGUACAUAAACCUACACACUUCUGGCAGCUGAUGGGUGAAAAUAAAGGUGCUUAAACAGCAAUCUAAUGAGGAAAGGGCAUUUCACUGUUGCAGAGUUGGUAUUAUUUUAUAUUUCCAUUUAUUACACUUUUUUAAAUGUAUAAACCACAGAUCUGAAUUCUCAAAGUCUUCGGCUUGGAUUUUGUGAGUAGUUUAAAUCCUCUCACCUCUCUGCUCGUAACUGGUUUUUAAGAAAAAGAAAAGCUUUUGUUUAAAAUGUAAAAUUUUGACUGUAUUAAAUUCUGUUAGUACCCUUCCUUUUUAAGAAAUAAAAUGUAUAUUCCACUA